AUGGACUAUUAUAAGAAGUACAGGUUUAAUCUUAACCGCGACAAAACCUUGUCGAUCUACGCCAAGCGCGAUGAGAUCUUGGCGGCAAUCAAAGGUAAUCCGGUCGUAAUUUUGAAGGGCGAGACGGGCUGCGGCAAGACGACGCAGGUCCCGCAAUACAUUCUUGACGAGGGCUUCAUGACCGGCCAGUAUUGCAACAUUGUGGUGGCCCAGCCGCGUCGCAUAGCCGCCAUCUCCAUUGCAAACAGGGUUUGUGAGGAGCGCCAUUGGCAACUGGGCACUGUGUGCGGCUACCAGGUGGGCUUGCACCGUGAGACUGGAGACGACACCCGUUUGCUCUACUGCACCACCGGAGUGCUGCUGAACAUGCUCAUACACAAUAAGACAUUGACUCACUAUACGCACAUCGUGCUCGAUGAGGUGCACGAGCGCGAUCAGGAUAUGGAUUUCCUGCUCAUUGUGGUGCGUCGCCUGCUGGCAACCAACUCGUGCCACGAACUCGAUGCCACCAGUGAUCAGCACCAGUCAUGGACGGAAACACUCGAUGAGAAGUUUUACCGCGAUCAGUUGACCAGCAUCAAGUGGAAAGACGAUGUGGAGGGUCAGAACGAACCGCGAAUCCUGGAGGAUGGCUACAAGGCGGCGUUGAAGAUUAUUCUGAUCAUUAACAACAUGGAAAGGCAGGCGGAGAGGCAUUCGGGAGUGAGCUACCACGAGGCCAUGCGCCAAGGGGCCGUGCUCAUCUUUUUGCCCGGUAUCUAUGAAAUUGAGUGCAUGGCGGAUAGUAUUACCAAUUUGUUGAUGCAAGAUAACUCCAUGAAGAUUAAUAUUAUCAGCGGGGUGGUCUUUGAAUCCCCGCCGUCCGGAUACCGGAAGGUCAUUCUCGCAACCAACAUUGCUGAGAGCUCCAUAACGGUACCGGAUGUGUCGACCGGCCAGUACUGCAACAUUGUGGUGACCCAGCCGCGUCGCAUAGCCGCCAUCUCCAUUGCAAAUAGGGUUUGCGAGGAGCGCCAAUGGCAACCGCGCACCGUGUGCAGCUACCAGGUGGGCCUGCACCGUGCCACUGGAGACGACACCCGUUUGCUUUACUGCACCACCGGAGUGCUGCUGAACAAAUUGAUACACAAUAAAACAUUGCCCAAGCUGGGCGGCAGGCAGAGCAUUGGCAAAUUGAGCGGAAGGUUGGGCAUUGGUGGCUAG